AAACUAAAGUGGUUCGGCGUAUUCCGGUCCUACCCUUUUGUUUCUUUUUAGAAAUUCAUAGAUUUUCCAAAGGAGAAACGACAGGUCAUGAUGACGGGACCAACCCAAAAAACAUCCAUUACCGUUCAUCUCAGCCCCACCCCACCAUCAGACCGUCUCCUUCACCCCUUAAAACCCCUCUUCCCUUCUCAACCCUUCCAAGAUGAACCAUCAUCUUUAGCUGGUAGAUCGUACCGGCACGACAUCCGGUGCCCGUUACAGCACCCGUAGCAUCCGGAAUGUCGGAACCGACGCCACUCCCGCUCUACAAGCAUAGGUCAUGGUCGCCCGACACGUGUCGGGAGGAGGCCUGGCUGAGGAGGAAAGGCUAUAAAAAUAGGAAGGGGCGGAGCAAGAGCGUGACGGACGAGGAUGUCGACGAACUGAGGGCCUGUAUCGAGUUAGGUUUCGGUUUCGAUUCGCCUCAAAAGGAUCCGAGGCUUUCCGAUACGUUACCGGCUUACGAUCUCUACUACGCCGUUCAUAAGCAGUAUAACGAGAGCGUGUCGAAACCCUCGUUGCCACCUCCGUACGACGCGUCGGACGCUGGAACCCCGAACAGCAUAUUCCAUCCUGGUGAUAAUCCUCAGCUUGUAAAGACGAGGUUGAAGCAAUGGGCCCAGGUGGUAGCUUGUUCGGUGCGGCAAUCUAGCUGAAAUUUUGGGAAAGAGGAUGAUUGCAUUUCCUGAGAGAAGCUUCUUACGAGGAGGAGGGUAAUGUUAUGGUCAGACUCGUCUGACCCGAGAAACAAACAAGAAAGCCUGACGUUUUUUUUUUUGUUUGACUUUACGUUACAGGGAGAAUAGCUUCUUUCCUUUGAUUUUCUUUUUGCUAUAAAUAGACUCUGUGGCUCGGACUGACUCAUUCGGUCUCGAGUCGAGUUUGUCCGGAAUGAGUUGGGUGCGACUCGACUGGGUUGGAGCAAAUCUCCCCAUAUAUCUAAUAUUGGCUAAGAGCCUAUGGUUCA